AUGGAAUCAUUCCUAAAUUCUCAUUUCCAUUUAUUGUCUGAACCAACUUUUGGAAGAGCAAAAAAAAUUAGAGUAUGGAUUAAUGGGGAUGUUGGAAACAAAUGCUUUGACAUCUCUUUGAACCCAAAUGUUCUGAGAACCUGGAAUUCUAUUCUGCAAUAUCUCACCCACACCAUUCAUCCUCCAUUUGGUGCAAUCAGAAAAUUGAUUUGUCUGAGUUCUAGAAAGGCUGUUACUUGUUUUGAGGAGCUAGAAGCAAGAGAAAAAUACAUUGCCAUGGGAAUAAACAGUAAAUUGAUAAUUCUAAAGGAAGGAUACAAUAGUCCUUCAGAGCAAGAACUCCUGAAACCAAAGAAAACUAGUAAAAAGUUCUAUUCAGGUGAUAUAAACUCAUUGAAUUUUCAAUUUUUGCAAGAAACAAAGAAAAGGAAUUUAACUGUUAUUUUCAUUGUGGUAAAUGGACAAGCUUGUCAAUCUCCCACCAAAGUAGUUCUGAAUGAAAAUGAUUUGGGCCACUGGAGUGUUAUCCUCAAGUACCUUUCUAAAAUUUUAGAUGUUCCAGAGGGGAUCCAGCAAAUCUGCACUAUAUUUGGUGAUGUAGUGAUGGAUCCUCUAGAGUUACAGCAUGGGUACUUGUAUGUAGCUCUUCCUUUUAAUGAGAAGUUUGAGAAUAUCGACUACACAAAUACUUUUGGCAGAGCAAGUAAUAAAAGUAGUUAUGUUCUGAAAAUCCGGAAAAAAAUUCAACCCAGUAAAGUAUGUUGUCCAAUCAGAGAGAAGACCUCCAAGCGCAGAAAGACUGAUUGCCUCAAACCAAGAUGUCUAAAAGAGUUUGAUGAUGAAAGAGAGUGUCAUAUUUUGCUUCCUGAAGAAAUUCCAGAAUCUUGCAGAACUGUUAGGAUUGAAGAUGAAAAGGGGGGAGAAGCUAUAGAUAUGGUGAAAGGAAAAGACUGUUGUUUACAAAACAAGGAGACAAAUUUGUGGUGUAGAAUAAAAAAGUACAACCCUGGAUGUUGUGAUAAAGCUGAUGGAUCUGGUGUACUCAAAAAAGAUAGAAAGGAUAUAAAACCCAGAACAGUUAAAGAAAGAAAAAAAUCUCUGAAUGAAAUGCAAUCAAAAGGAAUCAUAACAGAUACAAACAAAGAAAUACCUCCAGUAACUGAAAAAGCUUCAAAGAAAGAAAUUGGUGAAACAACAGUACCUCAAAUUGAUCAGUUAUACAAAAGAAAUUCACAUAACAAGAAUGGGGAAGAAAAUAAUGAUAAUGUUUCUUCUCCUGAUGAUGAUUUGACUGCAAAAGAUUCACCACCUACCCAACAACUUCCUGAAAAAGAUGCAGACGAAAAAGAAUCUACAUCUGUCAUAAACUCAGCACCAGAUCAGCAGAAUAGUGAAGAUAGUGAUGACUUGAAUGAAAGUGAACCUUUAGGAGAUUCAAAACCUACCCAGGAAGAUAAGAAUACAAGUGGAAAUAAUAUAGAUGCUCAUGAAAAAUUAUCUCUCGAUUCAAUAGAAGAGUCCAAUGCUGAUAACGAUCCAAAUUUGUUAGAACAAGAAAUUCCUCAGAAAAAUGAUCAAAUUGUGACAUAUUUUUCCAUAGUAGACAAAGUUCCUACAAAGGACAAAAAACCGUCUUUAUCUACGACUAUAUCAAGGGGAACUCAGACUAUGGCAGAUUUUACACAAAGCCAAAGCCAUGCCCAUCACGUCACUAUAAGUUCGGCAUGUUUACCUCGAUCUUCGAUUGCCUACCAGCAUGAGACUUAUGGUCAAAAAAGAAAUGAAGAUGAAGAAGAACUCAGUAGAAUAUCUGCAGAAUGUAAUGGGGAUGAGAAAAAUCAAGCGACAGGUUCUAUAUGUAAUGCUGUUGACAAAAAUCCUAUAGAAAUGAGUAACAGUUUAUUGUCAAAAAUAGACAAAUGUAUCAAUACGGAAAUAUCCCUGAUGCAGGAGAGAAGAAAUUAUAUGUCCGAGGACAAUUCGAAAUUUUCCCAAUCUAAUGAAUUUUACAAACCUGAACAUCAUUUUGAGAAUAAAGUAAACAGAGGUAUAAGCGCAAUUUUAUCAGAGAUGAAUGUCUACCCAGAUCAUGAACCAAGGAGAAUGCCUUCUAUUUGUAUAAAAAACAUAACAGAUAUUAAUGUUGUGGGAUAUUCAAAGAAUGGGAAACGGCAUAAACGCGAUAAUAUAAAGUGUUAUGAAUCUUCGAGUCUCUCAGAAUCUUCAUCUGCACCAGAGUACGGAAAUAUAGAAAAAAAUGACCACUUGUGCCGUUUUUGCAGAGAAGCAAGAAAUUUGGAUGGAUCCAUUUCUAGAAUCUGUCGUUCAAAACACGUAUCUGAAUCAAAGAACAAGAGAAGAACUGAGAAACGAAACGAUUGUGCAGAAAUGAAUUUGGAAAGUCCAAGUGAAAAUCCCGAUUUUGACAAUACCCCUAAUAAAACCGACAAUAACAUCUCAACAAACGCAGAACUGAAGAAAAAUUCUCAAAAAUCACGCAGCAGUAAAAUUUCUGAAAAAGUAUUAAACAUCACUACUGAUAGUAUUGAAGACAGUACUAUCCCAGAAAAAAUAGUGCGAACCGUUGUGGAAAAUUACAGUGAUACAGAAAUUAUUCCUGUUUCAGAUAUUACAGAAGACAAAAAAGCAACAAGAAAAAGUAGCAAACGAUCAAGUAUCAUCAGAACAUACCCAGAACAAAAACUGCCAAAGAGUAAAAGUUCCGGGAAAAGAAGUACCUCCAGCGCAGCACUACGUUUCGAAAAAAUCCCGGAUGAUGAUGAUUCCGUUAAAGUCUCAGAACGACCUCAGAGUUUGAAGAAGAUUCCUGAGGACGGAGAUCCAUUAUUGGGUUCCGAAGACUUACAACAAAGUUUACCGACAAUAAAAACAAGCCAACGAAAUAGUGCGACCAGUGCGGUGCAAAAAAUUAUGAAAACUAUAGAGGAUGAUAUACCCUUCAUAGAAAAAUCUCAGAGCAUAGAAAAUAAUGUGUCCAUAUUGGAUUCAGAGGAGCGUCAACAAAAUUCAUCAAAAAGAAGAAUCAGCACUGAAGAAAGUGCAUUCAGUAUAGCAAAUCCAAAAACGCCUCGGAAUUCCGUUACAACCCUCGGUAGAAACGCGCCACCAUUGGAUUCUGAGGCACCUCAAGAAUCCUCUUCCAUAAGGAAAAGUACGAAAAGAAAUAGUUGCUGUAGAGAACUUCGAAAAGGAAAGUGUAAACUUCAAAAUCCGGAGAAACUCAACGUCGAUAAUAUUCCAGAAUUAGACUGCGAGACCGGACAGAAAAAUUGUACUAGGUCAAGUGGAAGUUAUAGUAAUGCUAUUUUGAAUGUGAGGAAAAUUCUGGAGGACGGCAUGGCGGAAAUAACUGAAGUGCUAUCAAAAAAACAACAAAAUUCAGAUCAGAACAAAACUGAAGAAAUUCCUUCCAAUCAGGUUGCAGACCCCCAACAAGACCUUGUUUAUUCCUCAAGUAGUGAUGAUACCAUGGCGUACUUUCCAUAA